AUGGCCACCUUGCGACCGUUGAACGGCGGCGCGAGGCAACGUCGACCAUCAGCUUCGAUCCCCAUCCACUACGAUCCGGCAGACUCGAGGAGAUGCGAGUCGCACAUCCGAACUCUGGUUUAGCUCAGCUCGGUGUAUCCACCUACUGACACCGUGGCUCCUUGCUCCCACCAGACGAAGACUUUUCCACGAUCGGUCAGUCCAGCACCGAGACCGAAACGGGCAGCGUAAUAUACUGCAUUGCUGAUCCUUUUGUUUGCUUCGCAUGACCAUCACCAAUUAUUGAACAUCAACUCACCUCGUAUUCCUCAACAUUUACAUCCACGGAUGGUUCGCACCUCGCACCUCGGCAACUCGGCAUCUCGCUCGCUCGGCCGAAAAUCCAACCUUGCUGGAACACCCCCAUCAGAUUGGGUCCAGGACACCUUGGUCGAGAGAGCGCGGAGAAGAAAAGAUGCCGAACGAUCAAAACGUACGAUCGGUAAAUCCAUCAAGGCCACUUUCUGGCGAGCGUUCGACGCGACCCAGUCUUGGUUCGUCGUUUCUUUGGUCGGCAAGUUUCAAGUUGCCUCUCUCCGUCAUUCCGAUUUUGCUCCUUUUGCUCAACUCCCUCUACACUCCCUUCCCACAGGUGCCAUCAUCGGCCUCGACGCAGCCUUCAUGUCCAUCAUCACCGUAUGGCUCUCGGACCUUAAACUAGGCUACUGCUCCCAAGGGUGGUGGUUGAACCGCAAGUUUUGCUGUUGGGAAAUGUCCGAUUCGCUUGAAGCGGCGGGCGAAUGCGCGGAUUGGCAUUCGUGGACUGGGUUCGUGGGCAUACAGUGGCUUGUAUAUGUUACUUUGGCCGUCAGUAUUGCAGCAAUCAUCAUGUGCAGAAGACACACUUGCUGAGUCCCGGUCCUUCAAACAGGGCUUCUUCGCCUUCACCUGCGCCUUCAUCGUCAAGUCCUUCGCACCCUAUGCCGCUGGAUCCGGCAUAUCCGAGAUCAAAUGCAUCCUCGCUGGGUUUGUCAUUCAAGGCUUUCUCAGCUUCGCAACUUUGUCCAUCAAAUCAAUUGCACUCGUCAGUCCAUGUCCCACACUCAACCCUGAGAAGACUCCUGCCGUGCUGACUUGGAUUUUUUCACUCUCGAAGCCCAUCUCAAUCGCAUCAGGCCUGAGUGUCGGGAAAGAAGGCCCAUCAGUGCACGUCGCUUCAGCGAUUGGUCACACUGUCGCCAGCCAAUUCCAUCGCUUCAAGCGAAGUUCCGGUUCGUCUUCAGUGAGAGACUUCGCCGGCUCACUCAUCGAACUGACGCUUUGCCCGGCCCAGCCAAAAUGAGGGAGAUCGUAACAGCCGCUUCAGCAGCCGGUGUGGCGGUCGCUUUCGGUAGUCCGAUAGGAGGGGUACUCUUCAGUCUCGAGGUAGGUCGUUGCCCCCUUACAUCUUCAAUUCCUUGCACGAGAAGCGAUCAUAAGCUGAUCCUUUGGCUCUCUGGCGGAUCCAGGAAAUGACUAUCAACUAUCCUAUCAAGACGUUGUGGAGAUCCUUCUUUUGCGCUCUAGUAGCCACCGUCGUGCUCUCAGUCAGUUCUAAAAGGUGUCCUACUACUCGGAAUAUCUAGUUGAUGAUUAUCCCCCACCCCACGAUUCAGGCGAUGAACCCCUUCCGAACGGGCAAGCUCGUCCUCUUCCAAGUCCACUUUGACCGCGACUGGCACUUUUUCGAACUCGGCUUCUUCAUCCUCAUCGGCAUCUUCGGCGGUCUCUACGGCGCCUUUGUCAUCAAAUACAACCUCCAAGUCGCCGCGUUCCGUAAAAAACAUCUCGUCAACCAUGGGAUUUCCGAAGCCGUCUUCUUGGCGGUCCUCACUGCUGCGGUGGGGUUUACGAAUAUGUUUUUGAGGAUCGAUAUGAAUGAGAGUUUGGAUAUACUGUUCAGGGAAUGUGAAGGCGGCGAUUACGAGAAUUUAUGCCAGUACGGUCGGACAACCCCAUUCUACCAGCCUUUCCUCCUCGUACUGACCUCGCUGUUCCCCACACUCAACCAGAUCAUGGGCCCAAUGGCGAAUGGUCAACUCGCUACUCCUCGCUACAGUCCUCCGAACAGCACUCGUCAUCAUAUCCUAUGGGUGUAAAGUCCCAGCAGGGAUCUUCGUUCCUUCCAUGGCCGUAGGCGCAACGUUCGGUCGCAUGGUCGGUAUCUUGGUCAAGGCUUUGUAUCGGUGAGUUCCCACGGCGACGAGAUUGUUCCGGCUUCGGCGGCAUCGUAUGUGCUAAUCGAGAGUUCCUUCUUACGCGUGUGCAGUGCUCAUCCGACGUGGGCCAUGUUCGCGAGUUGCGAUCCGUCAAAACCUUGUAUCACACCGGGGACGUACGCAUUCUUAGGUGCCGCUGCUGGACUGGCGUACGUUCGCGUUCGCACGAAAGUGGAGGAGCGCAUGCGAUGGACGAAAAGAGUUGACCUUGCUUGAUGCUCCAUCAUAGUGGCAUUACUCGAAUCACCGUCACCGUCGUAGUCAUCAUGUUCGAGCUCACAGGAGCAUUGACCUACAUCCUUCCCACAAUGGUGCGUACCUCCCAAAUCCCCGUCCCACCCCACCCAACCAACCCACCCUUAACCCACCCCAACGGAUCCCAACUCUCAGAUCGUGGUCAUGGUAACCAAAGCCGUAUCCGACCAAUUCUGCAAGGGCGGUAUAGCGGACCAAAUGAUCCGUUUCAACGGUUACCCUUUCCUCGAGAAUGACGAUCAUGCGUUCAACGUCUCUGUUUCGUCCGUGAUGAGGAGGGAUUUGGUUUACCUGCCGGCGAGCGGUAUGUCGUUGAGACAAUUAAGUGAGUGGGUGGUUGGACAAUUGGGGUCCAGGGAUUUAGGUGCGGCUGUAGGCAAUACGCUGAUGAUGACGUGCUGUUAUCUCGCUCGCUACGCGUUCACAGAAGAACUGCUGGCCGAUACAACCUACCAGGGGUUCCCCGUCGUCAAAUCAGCCAAAAACCUGACCAUCCUCGGGGACGUCGCUAGGCGAGAUCUCAACGUCGCCAUAGGUAAGCAAUUUCAAUCCCGCCACUACCCUCUUUCGCUAGCCCUAACGAACCCUCCCCUGUUCGACUUUCGAGCUCUGUAGAAAAAGCCGAGCUGUCGGAUAUCGUCGACCCGGACGCGCAAUGCAUCUUCGCACUUGACCUUGCAGACGGUGACGAAUCAAUCGAUCCCGAAUUGGGAGGCGAGUCACCGUCUUUGUUGAGUCCGUUGGAUAAUGAUGAAGGGGCGAUCGACUUUACUUCGUUCGUUAAUCAGGUGAGUGUGGGUUGAGGUUGUUUUGAGGUGAUUUGAGUUGCGUGUGAUUGCUGCUGAGAGACCUUUGGGGUUUGAUAAAAAGACUCCAUUGACGGUCUCGCCGAAACAACCGCUCGAGUUCGUCAUGCAAUUGUUCCAACGCAUGGGGUCAGUUCUUUCCCAUCCUAUCCCUCUCCCACCCACAAAAACUCCUCCACCCAACUCACUAAAACCACUCCGUCUUUGAUCCUCGCAGUCCACGAGCGAUCCUCAUCGAGCGUGAAGGUCAUCUAACAGGUCUCAUCACCGUCAAAGACUGUUUGAAAGUAGUGCUCGCGCACGAAGCCGCGCAUGAAAGGAAUAAAGAUGAGAGGACCGACGAUGAGUUGGAACAAACGUUGGAGGAGGUGAGGUUGUGGUUUGGGGAAACGAAGGGGUGGAUUGGGAAUUGGGUGUUGGGGAGGAAGCGAGGGAGGGGGGCCGGGAGGGGGGCGAGUAGGGUCAGGUUGCCUAGGGAGGUGGAGGAGGAGGAAGAGGAGGAGGAGGAGGUGGAGGAGCGGGCCGGGGAAGGAGAGGGGGACGAUAUCGGGAGGAAAGGGACGGGGAUGAGAUGA